AACUUGUGUCGUCCGGAAUGCAACGGAAAGACCCGAGACAUUCCGAAAGCAACCGAAUCGAUUCAAGAUGGCGGCGACCUUGUGUGGCAGGUUGCUUCCGAGGCUGGCCUGGCUCCCCGCGAGGCAGAGCGUGCGCCACGGCUCCAAGGCCGUCACGCGCCACCGCAAGCCCGUGCACUUCCUGAAGCAGAAGCUGCUGGCCGUGACGGAGUACCGGCCGCCCAGGCCCGCCGUGCCGGAGAGAUGCAUCGCCCCGCCGGCCCGGCAGACCCAAGAGGAGAGCAGCCUGGCGCGGAUUCUUGAGCGCGAGGUGGAGGCCAUGUUUCAGGAGGGCAAGAUGAUCGCCGUGGUGCAGAAUAACGCCACCUCCGCCGAGGACAUGCUGCUGUUCAAGAGCCGACUCCACAAGCACGGCAUCGCCGUCCGCUUCUACCCCAACCAGGUGAUGAGGUCCUUCCUGUCGGAAUCCAGAUACAGAAAUCUGAGCCCCCUGUUCAUUGGCCAGAACGUGUUGCUGGUCAGCAAGGAGCCCAGAGUGAAGGAGAUGCUGCAGUGCUUGAAGGGCGCCCCCCAGAUGGUGCUUCUCGGAGCCUGCGUUGAGGAGACCCUGCUGAGCAGGCAGGGGGUUCUGGCCUACUCCAGGCUGCCCUCCCUGAUGGCCGUUCGGGGGCAGCUAGUGGGCGGCAUGGCGCUGAUGACCUCCCGGACCGCUGCCCUCCUGCAGCACCACCCCGCGCGCCUCUCCGCGCUGCUGCAGCAGUACCAGCGGCAGGCAGGAGGGGGCAGCACUGAGGAGAGCUCGAAACCAGAGCACACAGACCUACAGGAGGUGUAGGGUCCAGCAGGAGAUCCACCGUGUGGGCGAUCAGGAUGGUGGAGCCUAUCCCGGCAAGCAACAGGCGCAAGGUGGAAUAUACACCCUGGAUGGGACACCAGCCCGGUACAGGCUUGUAAAUGAAAACUGGACUCCUUGACUCUUCGGCAUCAUCAUGUUUGUACAGAAGCCUGUGGCUUGUGAACCGUGAACUGUGGCCUCAUUCCUGUCAAUCCAGCGCUAGCGUCGGCAGAUUUAACACUUGAAAAGACGCCCAGCUGUUCGGUGGCGGCAGCGCCCUGUCCCGUGUGGGGAACUGGUUCGGAUUCUCCGGAUUUCUUGAGUGGUUUUUGUUCCUUCGUGCCGUGCGGGUUUUGCGCAUUCCUUCGCUCACUUUCUCCCCGUCACUUCGGAACAGGACGUGCCGGCGGAGAUGCAGUCGCUGAAUCACCCUGGAAGCGUUCCGCCCGCCACCAGAUCCGCUGUUACGCAGAAUCUGCCAUCCGGAGGGUCAUGGACUUCGGAUACUGUAUAAGAGUAGCCAGAGGAUAUUCUUGUAAUUCUUGUAAUUUACAGUCCUGUGAUGACAAUAGUUUUUUGGAUCUAUAGAAUCAAGAGCCUAAAUCUUACAGCCUUGUUUGUAUACAGUUUCAAUGUAUCUUUUGAAGAGGGAGCUUUUUUUUUAAAAAAAAUGUAAAUAUCUUGAAAGUGCUUACUCUUCCUUCAAACAACUGGAGAAACAGGAAGAGUCAGUGAGAUUGCAGAGGACUUGUGGCCUUACACAGUAUGGUUAUUGUCUGCGUGAUCUCUGUGCCACCAAACGGACAGCAUACCUGUCGUGAUUAGCAUUUCUUUGGAAUGGUGCUUGUCAAAAAGGAAUCUGUCUUAUCACCAUUGACUUUGACUGGGGCUGCUUCAGUAGGAUCUGCCCAGAAAGGCAUGGCCUCCAGGCAUUAGCAACUAUUAUUGUUGUGUUAUUAAUCUCUGAUUGUGAUGUGAAAAGAUGGGAAGUGCUUUCGGCCUGCUGACUGGUCGAACAAACCUCUCUUAGAAUACAAAAAUAGAACCUAAACUAGGCAAAGAGUCUAAAAACACAACAGGUGCAGGAGGUAAAGAAUUACAAGAUGUAGAAAUUAAAUCGUAGUGUUAAAAGGGAGCAGUGGCUGGGGCUCUGGAUUCAGGACUGGGGGGGUCUAGGGUGUGAGACAGCUGUUGUACCCUCGAGCAAGGUACUUAGCUCAGAAUUGCUCUGUUAAGAGACCUUCUGCAUAAACUGGUCUCCAGGCAUUUGCUGGUAUGUGAGAGUCAUUCUUGAUCGCUGGACUGUCUGAGCUGGUGAAGUAAAGGAAUAAAAAGAACUCAAACCUUCUCAUCCAGAA